GAUGCCAUGCGGGCCGUGGGAGCGAAACCUUGGAACAUCCCUCUUAAAUUGUGCCUCUCGGAAGGAGAAGUGUGGAGCGAUCCCUACCUGACCUGCCUUGUACGGCACUUGGCUCACACCACGUGGCACGCCUGCUGCACGUGUCCCAUGGGCUCGGAUGAAAGAGCCGUAGUGGACUAUAAGCUAAGGGUUCGGAGUUUGAAGAACCUGCGCGUCGUGGACGCAUCUGUCAUGCCAACGAUAGUAACUGGAAAUCUGAACGCGCCUACCAUGAUGAUUGCCGACAAAGCAUCAGCCAUCAUUCUUCAAGAUAAUCCGUAGUUCACAUUACUGGCCUAUCAAACACAAGCUUGGUUCUUUCUCUCAUCGUUGGGGCUACGUUGACAAAGUGAAGUAAAAAUA